UGUGAAAACGGGUGCGUCACGUGCUCUUUGCUUACAAGUUCUUUCGUGUCUGCUCGAUGACAGCCCUGAAGACAUCUAAUCUUUCUGAAGCUAUUUUCUUCUUACAGACAAUUAUAUAAACCGACAGACUCGUUACUCUAAGAAGCUGGGUUUCCUUUGAUAAACUGAGAAUCAUCUAACUGGUAAGUUACUGCUACGUUUACUCUUUAUGUGACAAGAUUUUUGUAACCAUAUGGUAACACACGAUGGUAUUUCAAGGGUAGUCAUAAAUUGAGAUCUUUACCUGGUGUCGAAUUACAUCUCCCAGAGUUAUGGUGAGAGUUGAGGUUUGAUAAUGAUUGGUCUUCCCUAGGUUACUGUAAAUAUCCUAAAGUCUAAAGGACACUAAGUGCUGCCUUCCUGGGUUUACAGAAUAAUUUGCUGUAGUUACCACAGGACAGUGAUUGUUGGUUUUAGCACAAUUUAUAUUUGUGUGAUUUCCCAUGAUGCACAGGAAGAUGAAAGUCUACCAUCAGUGAUGUAGCACAUGGAUAGAAUGUUAGCACUGCAGUAAAAUUUCAUAUACCUACACGUCCUCUUCAGAUCACAUAGAAUUAUCAUUAGUAAUGAACUAUUUCAAUAUGAUUUGUCAUUGGUUGUCUUCAAUUUUUGCCAAUAAGCUUCUUUUCUGUUCUAUAUUUCUGGAAAUUGACAAGGGUAGGGGAUGUUGCCUGUGCUUGCUGUGUUUUGAAUUACAUGGUCAUUAAUAAUUUCAAUACUGGAGAGAAAUAUAGAAUUACUGAAUGUGAACUGCCACAAUGUAACCUAAAACCAGAGCAUUGUGGGGAUUCUACUCACUUUACCUGGCUGGAUAUUAGAUAUUUUAAAGCAAGCCUGGGCUACAGAAUAUUUCAAUGUGUGACUUGUCGUUGGAACCAUUUGUGUCCCUCUAACUCUGCAUAUGUUGGUAAUACAUACUUUGUGUGAGAUAUCCUGGAGCUGUAGGUAGUUUACUGAUGGAGUUUGGGAUUAUUCCUGAAUAGAACGCUAAUGGAAAGACCUGGGUUCUGUCUCAUUCUUUAAAGAUCUCACAACGAUGGAGCUUUAAUUACAUUGUAAUUAAGACGUUAUACAGAGAGAUGAUAGUGAGAAGCCAUUAAUGCGUUAUUCUAACACAGAAUUUAUCCUUCUAGAAGAUAAAUCAGUAUGAAACAUUUCUCGUCUGGUACUCCCCUUCCCAGAAUACUGCUGUCGCUGCUCAUUUUAUACGGACUGUCUGGAGCUGUCCUGGGUAAGUCUAUUUUAUACAGAAAUAAAAAGCUGUGAAUGUAUUUAUCUGCUGGUUAGUAAACAGGCAAAUCCUGUUAUGAUCCUUACUUUCACCAUAACCACUAAAUAACUAAGUGAAUGCACUUAGGACGUAUGAUAAGUCAUGUCUCUGACAUCUUCAAAACUAUCAUAAAAGCAUUAACAGGAAAAGGAUUAUUCACUAAAUCUGAAUUCUAGUGCAUUAGAAAGCUGAAUUACAAAGUUUAUGCAAAAUUCUCAAAUGUAGCUCUAGCUAGUCGUGUUUGGCUAAUUUAUUAUAGGAUGAUGGGAGAUGUAGUUUUCUAUGGACUAUAUAGCCACAUUCACCCAGAUAUUGAGUAAUUGUUUUAUCAUAAUAUACAGUGUAUUCCCUCUACGCUAAGAAUCCAUCAGAAUGGUUUACAUCAAAAUAGAUGUUUUUUUCUAUCUGUCUCAAAAACUAUUCCUAUGAAUAAGUUAUUCUAUUAUACAGUAAGGAAAUGCAGAUCAACAGUGUGCUUUUGUUUUAAUGACGAUGGAUUUUAACAUUUUAGGUAACAAUAGACAAUUUGGUACUUUCCCAGUUUUGAUAGUUUGACCUUUGUUAUUUUUUUUUUAUAAUUUCCCAGUUUAAAGAAUACGCUUGUUUUUGUCCCCUUUGCAUAAACUGUAUCAGGUCUCUUAGUGUCUAUCUUAUCUGUGUCUUGACUUCCUCCUAGAAUAAACAGUGUGUGUCAGGCUGGCUGGCUGAUUGUCCUUAUAAACACUUCCUUUUGUGGGGAAAUGUAUCAGCUAAAAGAAAAGGGAUUCUGUCAGAGUGAAGAAUAAUAAAAUCUGGGAAACUUUAAAGCCGAUUGCUUUGACAAUAGAAUUCAUUUCUGGGAUGGCACAAACUGUGAUAGCAGCCAGCAGCCAACUGAUAUUAAACAUUUGUUCUAACAGAGCUGAUCUGUUUGGCUUCAUGUUGUAGAAUGCUAAUACACAGAUACACUGUAACAAAUACAAUAUGUAACAGAUAUAGAGAGAGCCGUGAUCCGCAGUAUUGGCACCCCGAGAAAUGACCCAGCUUUCUCCUGUCCUGGUAGGAGCUGAGAAGUAAAUAUAGGAUCCCGUCUGUGGUGGAGAAGGAGCAGAGAUUCCUACUUCUUCCAUUUCAAUGCAGCCCAGGGUGGGAGAACCAGGGACAAAAAGUGCCAUCCCAAAGAAGCACGGGCCCCAAAGGCAUGCCAGGACAGCCCACGCAGAGAGUAUUGUUGAAUAGAUAUGAAUAGGUAAAAUGCCCCUAGUUAUAUUAGCAUAAACAUGGGUAAAGGAUUGACCUGGGGAUGUAUGAGUUUGUCAUCACAGGUCUAUCCACAGUGUGGCAACGAUGACUGACAAUCAUAUAGAAAACAAGAAUUGGGACACACCUAGAACAUGCAUUUCUUAAUAGCAGUGCUGCUCUAAGCACCUCAGUUCAUACCUCAAUUCACACGAAAUGCACAUUAAGGGAACAUCACACAAAAACUAUAGAAUCAAAUCUUGCUAAUUACUCAAAGUCACCUUUCUUGCAAAAAUAACAGGAGAGACGUAUUAAAUAGAUUUAUCAAAAUGUGGUGUUCUGUAAAGCGAUGCAAAGUUGUAAAGGUGGGGUAAGCAUUAAUGGAAAGCACUGUAUCCUGAACCAUAUGAAUUGCCUGUCGAAGCUUUAUCUGCAAUGAUAAAUAUUUGGAUAAGAGGGCCAGUGUGUAUAUUUAUGUGUGUGUGUGUGUGUGUGUGUGUGUGUGUAUAUAUAUAUAUAUGUAUGUAUAUAUAUAUAUAUAUAUAUAUAUAUAUAUAUACACACACACUAAAACAUACAUACAUACACUGCUGUUUGUGUGAGGGUGCUGUUAGUGUGGUGUGUGUGAGAGUGCUGUGUGUGUGUGUGAGGGUGCUGUGUGUGUGAGAGAGUGCUGAUAGUGUGCUGUGAGGAUGCUGUGUGUGUGUGAUAGUGCUGGUAGUGUGCUGUGUGUGUGUGAGGAUGCUGUGUGUGUGUGCAUGAGGGUGCUGUGUGUGUGUGAGGGUGCAGUGUGUGAGGGUGUGAGGGUGCUGUUAGUGUGCUGUGUGUGAGGGUGCUGUGUGUGUGUGAGGGUGCUGUGUGUGUGAGAGAGUGCUGGUAGUGUGCUGUGUGUGUGUGAGGGUGCUUGUGUGAGGGUGCUGUGUGUGUGUGCGCGCGAGGGUGCUGUGUGUAUGUGAGGGUGCAGUGUGUGUGUGUGAGGGUGCAGUGUGUGUGAUUGUGCUCUGUGUGUGUGAGGGUGCUGUGUGUGUGAGGGUGCUGUUAGUGUGCUGUGUGUGUGUAAGAGAGAGGGUGCUGUUAGUGUGCUGUGUGUGUGUAAGAGAGAGGGUGCUGUUAGUGUACUGUGUGCUGUGUGUGAGGGUGCUGUUAGUGUGAGGGUGCUGUUAGUGUGCUGUGUGUGUGAGGGUGCUGUGUGCUUGUUUGGAAUGAUUGUGUGUGAAGGUGGGGAGGGAACAGAUUAGGAAAUAUCCCACCUACCUUGCUGCCAUCCCUGGUGGUCCUAUUCUGCAGGGCUAGAGUUCACUCUCUCGAGAUCUGAGCGUUGCCAUGGCAACACUCCAAUCUCGCAAGAAGAACCCGGCAGAGCUGCUGGCUAGAGCUCCCCAGGUCCUCUCCUGCCUGCAGGUCGGUGAGGGAGAUCUUUGAUCUCCCCACCGGCCCAUGGAGGCACAAAGCAGGGCCAGCGCUCGGAUAGCGCCGGCUCUGCAUGGAUCGACCUGGGAGAUCCUGUGAUCUUCCCUGCCGGCCUCGAUCCAUGCGCGGGCUGCGGGGAUUAGGGUGUGCCCAGGCACACCCGGCACACCCAGUGCGCACGCCUUAAGUAAUGUAUCUUGGCCGGCUUUUAAGCCCUGCUCAAUUCCCUGACGAGGAUCAUUAACUGUUUUGCUUAAAAACAUGACCAAAAUGGGGUCAAACUCUGGUGAGACUGCAACCUUGUCAGAAAUAGUGGGUAAGGGGUACUCAGCUAGUUUCUAAUCUCUUUUCAAGUGGCUUGUAUAGCCAUAACCUGCAGAAUUGUGCAAUGUGUCCGGGUGGUGUACAUGCAGCCAAGUGAGUGUGCCUGAUUAGUCUAGGGUCAAACAAAGGUUGACAUUGGAAAUCCAAGUCAGAGUAUUGAUCCUGUUCAGAAUUGGUAGUGAAAAAGUGAAAACCUGGGAAGGCUUAAUAACUUUCUCCUUGAUGUAUUGUGAAUAAAUAUUGUCCUGUUUAUUAAAAGGAAGCUUGUCAUAAGAAUAUCCAGUACGAUACUCGUCCAUGAUCUGUAGAUUGUGAGUAGAAGCAAUGCCCUCUAAAGAAUCUAAAUCCUAAAGAUGAUAAGGAGGCAUGUCUCUGUAUAUAUUGUCAAUAAAGUAAGUUCUGCGGCCACCCGCACAUCAUGACGUAUGACGUCGCGCCCAGCAUCAUUCACACAUGGUCACCAGACAAGAUGCACGGACCGGAAAAUUUAAAAGAUGAAAGACCAGGAAAAAAGAUAGAUGCUCCUGAGGAAGUCUGAUCGACGAAACGCAUAGAGCCCCGUCAAGGAAACCCUGAUAUUUGGUAUAAAAGCAGCGUGUAAAGUACCUUCACUUAAAUUACUUAGCUUUGGGACGGAUACGGACUGUGUUUUUAAGGUAGACUCUACAGGAAUUGGUAACCGACUGGAUGUGAGGCUCAAAAGUCAGAAUCAAAUAUAACGCCAAGAGAGCGCUUGGAAGGAUAGGUUGCUCUUGGAAGACAGUCAGGACUUUGGGAAUAGAUUCUGCAAUAUAAGAGAACAGCCAGUAGCAGUUGGGUAUCACCUAAAACAAAUCUAUGCGGGAAUCACCCACAGUAAUAAUACGAUGUGGGGAUCAGCCACAAAGCAGUUAAUAAUAUUAAUAUUAAGUCCAGAUACAAUAUAAUAUUAAUAGAGAUAAGAUUGGGGGUCACACACAAUGCAGAGUCAAGCAGUUAAAUAAUUAAUGCAGACAAAAGUGGGGUUAACCACAGCAUAUGUAAGACUGGCAAGGUGGGAGUCAUCUUCAAUCAAAUAUAUGACGUGGAGGCCACCCAUGGUAGCCAUAGUAGAUGCAAUACUGAAAAAGUGGGGGUUAACCACACUAAGAAGAAAACUGAACUAAGUAUUAUUAUUAUUAUUUAUAUAGUGCCAGCAUAUUCCAUAGCACUUUACAAUAUUAUCAAAGGGGGAGAUUUAACAAUAAAUGAGACAAUUACAAAAAUUUACAGGAACAAUAUGUUGAAGAGGGCCCUGCUCCAACAAGCUUACAAUCUAAAACACAACAGGAAAGGAGGUAGCAAUCAAACUAGGUGGCGUGAAGCAGAGCUGGAGGAGAAAAUAGAGUGCUGCCCUUUUGGAGAGAGCAAGGGACACGUACGUGAGGUAGAGAUUACUCUGGGAGGCCAUAGGCUUUCCUGAAGAGAUGGGUUUUGAGGAACUUUUUAAAUGAUUGAAGAUAAGGGGAGAGCUUGAUGGUCGUAGGCAGGCUAUUACAAAGGAAAGGAGCCACCCGCGAGAAGUCCUACAAGCAUGAGUUGGCUGUAUGGGUGCGAGCAGCGGACAGGAGAAGGUCAAGGGCAGAGCGGAGAGACCGAGAAGGUCAAGGGCAGAGCGGAGGAACCGAGAAGGACCCCUUGACCUUCUCCUGUCCGCUGCUCGCACCCAUACAGCCAACUCACGCUUCUCGGUCUCUCCGCUCUGCCGCUGCAGAUCAGUGAAGAGAAUAGGAGGGGCUAGAAUUGGUCAGUGCUUUAUAGGUGUGGAUUAGUACCUUGAAUUGACUCCUAUAGGAUACAUUAAGCCAAUGUAAGGACUGACAGAGAGGAGAGGUGUGAGAGGAGUGACAGGAGAGGAAAAUGAGUCUAGUAGCGGGGCAAUACAACUUGUGGGAAGACCUAUUAGGAGAGAGUUACAAUAAUCCAUGCGAGAGAUUACUAGAUCAUGGACAAGCUCCUAAGUAGCAUCUGGAAGCAAGGUGGAAUCUACAGGAUUUGGUAACAGAUUGGAUGUGAGGCUCAAAUGUGAGGCCAGAAUCAAAUAUAACACCAAGACAGUGUGAUGGAAGGAUGGGCUGAUGUGGGUACCACCACAUAUUUUUUUAGAUGGGUACUACAGUAGCAUGUUUAAGAACAGCUGGGACAACACCAGAAGAAAGAGAACAGUUGAAGAUGUGUGUUAAGGAAGGCACAUGACAAGAGGAGAGAAAUCUGAUAAUGUGAGAUGGGACAGGAUCAAGCGGGCAAGUGGUAGGGCGAGAGGAAAGGAGAAGUGCAGCCACUUCUUGUUCAGUAGCCAGGGAGAAAGUCUGAAGGGUAGGAAAGGCAUGAUCCAGGUGUGGUUGAGAAAGAGCGGGGCAAGGCGGUGAGAAUUCUUUCCUUAGCUGUUCAAUCUUGUCGUUAAAGUACCAUACAAAGCUAUCAGCUGUAAGGUUAGUUUGGGGGAUGGCCACAGCAGGGCAAAGAAGGGAGUUAAAGGUAUUAAAAAGAUGCUUUGGAUUGCUAGAGCAUGAGCUAAUGAUAGAAGAAAAGUAUGACUGUUUGGCAAGGGCUGUGCUGUAUGAACGCAACUUGAAUUUGUAGUGGAGGAAAUCAGACUGGGUGUGUGACUUCCUCCUGCAGCGUUCAGUUAAAUGGGAGCAUCUCUGCAGGUAGCAUGUCGAUUUAAUGUGCCAUGGUUGGGUGUGUGUUCUCCUUUGGAGCGGGGCUGCAGCGUCCAGGGCAGAGGUGAGGGUAGUGUUAUAUGAGGAUAGAGCCAGUGAGGGACAGGAGAAAGUAGGCAUUGAUAGAAGUUGGAAAUCAAUAUUAGCUGAUAGCUGUUGGAGGUCAAUAUAAUUCAGAUUUCUUCUAAGUUGAGGGGGGUUAGGUUGAGGAUGAAGGGGUAGUGGGCUAUUGAGAGCAAAUGACCUGAGAGAGGAAAUGGAGUGUUGCAGAGAUUAGAGAUUGUACAAUAAUGAGAGAAAAUAAGAUCAAGGGUAUUGCCAGCUACAUGGGUGAGGGGCUUAGCCCAAUUUGAUAGUCCAAGGGAGGAGGUCAUUGAAAGUAGUUUUGAGGCUACUGAGGACAAGGGUGGGUUAUUAGGGGUGGAAUAUUAGAGGAGAGGAAGUAGGGUUGCAAAGCAGCUAAGUGGUUAAGGAAGAGGAGGGGGGAACCAUGGGGAUGAUAGAUAACGGCAAUGUUAGCAGAGAAGGGUUUGAAAAGGCGAAUUGAAUGGAAUUCAAAUGAGGAGAAAGGGAGUAAAAGGGGGACAACCCUGUAUGGGGUACUAGAGGGACAAGGCCAAAUUGUUAUAUUAUGUUUGGAAGAGAAAAGAGGGAUAUCUAGUAUAGGAUUCACACUGGCAAAAACCAAAGUACAGGGAUAUAAAGCUUUACUUCCCCUGUUAGCAGAAAAAUAUUGUCGAUUGACAGGGUGUGAGGGAGCAAAAAACGGUGGGAACCUCACAAACCUCCACCUAUUACCACUGCCUGCGCUUCUCGAGGGCAAAGACAUCGAGUAAGUGGAACAGAAGAGGAAGGCCCAGAAAACAAGUUGUGUAGCCCUCCGAAUUUAGUGAGGGUAAGUGCAAAAUGGUCGCAGCCACCCAGAAUAAAUGGAGGCCAAACAGAAGCACGGACAAUGUGGAAAUACCACAAGGACCAUGAUCAUAAAAGGGUAUAAAGCAAAUCCCCACUGGCCAACAGAAGGACAGACCAGUGUGAAAACCGAAUGAGGCAAAAGGAGAAACUAUUGAAAUAAUAAAUCAACAGCAAAAACAAGCAAUAUUAAAUGCAAAGACAAAAUCUUAAAGGUAACGUUAUAAAAUAACUCUUAAAUUAACUGAAAUGAAAAAUACCUGAAGGCAAUGUAAUUAGAAUAGACUCACCUGGACAGCAAGCAGCAAAGAAAGAGGAAGUGGGAGGAGUCUCAGAGCUCUAUAUUAUUGAUAUGUGUGUUCCGAUUGGUUGAUUGCUGUUGGGAGGUUUACAGUAAAGGCCAUAAAAUUUGAAUUGAAAUGAUUGUGGUUUUCUAUAACAAUGUUUAAUGAUAUCCUACAGGCGGUGAUGUUUGCUAUGACCCACUAGGCUGUUUCUCCGAUGAAGAUCCAUAUGCCAAGACACUACAGAGACCCAAAGCAGCUUUACCCUGGACACCUAAAGAGAUUGGCACACGCUUCCUCCUGUACACACAACAGAAUCCCAGAAGGCAUCAGGUAUGUUAUUGCUUUAGUGUAACACUCUAUAUACAAUAUAUGUGCUUUCUCUUAUUUCAUGGAGAGAUCUGAUGUACUGUUAUUUACUUUUUUCCUAGGUGAUCAGCGCCUACAAUGUCACCAGCAUUGAAAAGUCCAAUUUCAAGACGACCAGAAAGACUUGUAUAAUUAUCCAUGGGAUGGGAGACAAAGCAGAGAAUAGCUGGGUGUCCAACAUGUGCACGGUAAAGCCUAAUGUUCCCCUAUAUUUGAUGUACUUUGUUUGGCAUGAAAAAGCUUUACUUUUAGGUUCCAACUGAGCACCAGUUGUGGUUAGUGGUUUUGGAUGAAUUAGUUUGCACAAUUCAAAUGAUUUCACAAUAACCAUUGUAUUAAAAUUUCAGGAGCACCAAGAUGGCUGCCGACCAUGUGUUUCAAAGAGCCAUGUGUCCUGGCAAUAGAUAUCGCCUAUUUACACUAAAAAUAGACACCAACAAAACUUCUGAAGCCCACGUAUAUUUGCAAGCACUCAAAACCAACCAUUUAAUUUUGUACAGCUAUAAUUAUCAGCUGCUUCCGGUAGUUUGGCAGAUAUAUAUCCUAACAGUUAACCCCUAAAUGACAAUAACUCAAAAUACAGCAAAAGAUAAUGUUUAAUAAAAAGAUGUUAAAGAAAACAUAACAAAUAUUAAUAAACAUAUUUUAGCUAAACACUUGUAUUAUUCACAAGACAAUUAUCUUUUGCAGUACUAAACAUAUAUAUUAAACAUGAUUGCAGGUAAAACAUAUCAAAGGUCCUAGCAAUUUAAUCUAAUCCCAAGUAUACAAACUAUAAAGAAAUUAGAGUUUUAUACUUAACAUCCCAGGAUUUUACAUGAAAUAGAGAUAACUGUUUCUGCUGCUCCGGUAGAUCAAACGUUGUGUCCCAGGAUAAAAAUAAAUAGAGGCCCAGAGUACACACUAGCAGCCUUGAAAUAAGUAGGGAUGCCUGUGCCCCGGUACUGCUACAUUGCUGCUAUCCCCAAAGCACCCCGAAAAAAAACAACCGUCAAAACCUCCACAGAACAGCUUACACAAUAACUAUAGUAACACGUCCCUCCAUCCAGCCUAUACCCUGCCCAUCAACCUGCUUCCCGACUCUGAACUGGUUAAACUGGUUAGUUACAACCAUGCUCCGUUCAACUAUGGAAAGAAAAGUAUGAACUAAUGUCAGUGCUGCUAACAUUAAUGCAGGGAAUGACUCUUAAAUAGUGAAACUUAAAGGCUAAUUACUUAGGGCAUCAUGGAUGUAAAAUAUUUCAUUAGAUGUUUUUUCAUGUUCACAACAGCAUUUCAUGUGGAUUUCAAGUAAUUGAUUCAUUUCAUGAACAGACAGCUAACACAAUGAUUAUAUCUCAUUACCUAUAAUGCUUGAUUGUAGUCCACCACUGCUUUCCUUCAUAUUUAUCAGGGGUGCACAAACCCCCAUUUAUGACUCUUGUAUGUCCCUCCUACAGAACUGUACCAGAGCCUAAAUAGUGAACAAACAAAGUGGCUCUGUAAGUUGAAUUAUUAGACUGCAAUGUGUUUUCUUAAAAAAAUAUAAAUACAUGGUCCUAAGAAGGUAACGGUAUAUAUUUAUUAUAUAUGGAUGUCAAUAGAUCCUGUAGCGCUUUACAAUAUUACAAGAUAUAGCAGACCAUGGGUACCCCAACUGGUUACCUCCUCUAAUUUCCUCCAAUUCAUGAACCAUUUAAAGUACAAAGGAGAACCAUUCCCCAGUAACCGAACGAUACACAGUCCUGAAAGUACAAAAUGUUUUAUUGGCUUUUAUCCAUAACCCUGUGCAAGGGGUGUAUCACACAAAACGUACAAGUUCACCUCCCUGGAUCCUCCUCCUCCCUGGGCCCCUAGCGCGGGAAGGGACUCUGUUCCCUUUGUCCCCAAAGCCCGCCACUAAAAGAACAGGGUUUCCCAACCUAGCCGCCAGGGCAUCCCCUUCCCAGGAGCAUAUGUGCCUGGGAGUCCAGGUGUGGGAAAAAGGGACCGUCCCUUUGUAUCUCAGGCACAAAAAAACCCGCCCAUGGGGAACAAGCUGGCUUCUUUGUCCCUGCAGGCACCGAAAAGCCUGCCAAACUUGCCAGUGCCCCAAAUGUGCCUACACCAAUCUCAGGGACCCUCACAGCAGUACCUUCUUUGACCAGUCUCCGCUCGCGAGGUCCCUGUGUGAAACCCUGCAAGGGAAGCUGUCUCCUGGCAGGGUAGGAAUGCUAACCUAGUGGCGUUUGUCUGUACGAACGGCAGCCACCCAGGGAAGUACUCAAUUGUUUCCCUUGCAGUUUGCGGUUUUGACACUUAUGUUGAGAGGUGUGAACAUUCUAACCUAACAUUCUAACUGAGUUAUUGGGGUGGUCCCCAUUCAGGAGGUGAAUUAAUUCCCUUUGUGGAAGCACAUGACAGUUAUAUUCAUCAUUGGUGUUAAGAGGGUUAAUAAAGAUAAACAAAAAAACUCAUUAACAGCUGGACAAAGAACUUAUAAUUAUGAGUCAAAGGUUCCUUUAAUUUAUGAUUGACAUCUUCCCUCUUUUCAUUCUGUAAAAUAAUCAAUUGUUUUUUUUCAUUAGGAAAUUCUUGGGGUAGAUGAUAUUAAUUGCAUUGGGGCUGACUGGCGGAAAGGCUCAGGAAAUAUUCAAAUUUAUAUUCAAGCUGCAAAUAAUGCACGUGUAGUAGGGGCUGAGGUGGCGUACCUGCUGCAAAUUAUUCAGGUGAGAAAUCUUUCAAAAACAGCCAUGCGCAAGAAUAAUAAAAGCAUUAAAAUAGAUAAUGUUAGACUUAUCUCUAGUCUGUAUGUCUGUCUGUCUGCCUAACUGUCUUUUUCAAAAAAUGAGGAAAAAGCUAGGAUACAGGUAUUUAUGAAAAACAUUUAAAUGGGUGUUUCAAACGUCCAUAUGAUAUUUAUUGGAAUUUCAUCACAAAGUAGUGUUAAUGACACACCAUAGUCACUGGAAACAUUACAGAUUAAAGCGGUAGCUGUGGGCCAGCAGUAUAAAAGCUCCUUUUUUGAGAAAGGGCAGUGUUUACACUGCUGCCCAUGACCACCUCUAGUUGCUCCAAAAAAUAGGUGGUGUGACACUCUAGGCAACAGUGGGUCUCAGAUCGCUAGCUCUCCAACAAUAGCUCCAUGAAAUAGGAAUUUGCAGCCCCCGUCAGUAGAAUAAGAAUACAAUUCACUGUUUAUUUGUGCUCACAGGAUGCAACAAAAAAAAAACUAAAUUCUGGCCUGUAUGGCCUUAGUCAUGUAAGGCCAUACAGGCCGAAACAACAUGUUUUUUUUGUUUUGUUUUUUUGUAUCCCGCCAGCCAGGAGCGUAUUAGCCGCGAGGCAAACAAGGCAUUUGCCUUGGGUGGCAUUUUUCAGGGGGCGGCAAAAAACGCCGCCCCCAAAUGCCCAGGGCAAAUGCCUAGUUAGCCUUGCGGCUAACUGACAUCGCAAGCGGGCGGGCGGCGCUGGCAGGCGGGCGGCUGGCGAGGGAGCUCUUCCUAUGACGUUAUCAACCCGGCUCCCAGCCUCACUCUGCAGCCGGCGCGCGAGGGAGCUGAGCAGAGAGCUCAUAGGAAGAGCUCCCUCGCCAGCCGCCCGCCCUGCAGCCACUGGACCACCGGACCACCAGGGAGAGAGACCCCCCCCCCCAGCACUCCGAAAGGUAAGGAGGUUGGGGGGGGAUUUAAAUAAAAAAAAAGUUAAUGUGUGUGUGUGUGUAUCUGACUGUGUCUGACUGUGUGUGUGUAUGUGUCUGACUGUGUGUGUGUGUAUUUAGAAGGUGGGGCAGGGGGAAGGGUUGGGUGGGGGUGGCGCGGGGGGAGGGGGGCGCCUGAGUUUUGUCCUGCCUAGGGCAGCACAAAACCAAGAUACAUCACUGCCGCCAGCACCAAUAAACGUAAUUAUUGAGCAGCCACACUGUGAAGCCUGUGGGUUGUAUUCCGAUUCCACCUUCAGCAGCUGUCACUCUCACAGUUAUUAGAGGGCUGAUUACCACAAUGCAGUAAUGUGCAGCACACUGCACUAGCCUCCAAAUUCUUCCAUAUGGAGAAGCAUUGGAUUGGCCAAGAUCAUCAGCAUUGGUGAAGUCGGCAAGGGAGAUGAGAUGGUCACACUGAAAGCAUAGCAGUGAGGGCUAAAAAGUAGGUAAAAAGCUUCUUUAUUGCAUGUAGGGGGCUGGGCAGCUAAAUAGCCAACAGAACACUAUGGCAUUAGGAAUGCAUGUUUGUAUCUCUAACACUAUAGUGUUCUUUUAACAAUAAGGUAUUUUUGCAAGACAAAAUGUAUUAUUAGUAGAAUUUAUAGUUAUACAUAAUUCCACAUUUGAUUGGGAAGGAAACAUUUAGUUUUUAUUUAACCUAUAGUAUUGCUUACAUCAUUAUUUCAUUUCUAAGUUGGAUAUGGUUUUAAAAGAAGGUGUGUACUAAUGUGUGAGGAUAUUUAUGGGGUGCUAAAUAUUAAAAUAAUAUUUCCAUAAAAAUUAUCAAAAAUGUAUUUAAUAAUUUGUAUUAUAUCAAAACUAUAUAUAUUGGCACUGUUCCCCUUGAUUAAUUUAAAGAGCUACCCAUUAUUUUUAACUCUUAUAGCACGUUGUAUUAGAGAAUUUGUAUUUCACACAUUAAUCACAAACUAAUUAUAAAAAAUAUAAAUGUAUUGUGACAAUAAUUAAUAAUAAUAAUAAUGAUGUAACAUGCGUGACAAUAAUCAGUGGAUAUUUAGGUAUAACAUAAGUAUAUAAUAUGGCAGUCUAACACAGUUUCCAAUAGUUCAGUAGCAACAUUUAUAUCCAUCUAAAUUCCAUUUCAACAAGAUUGACGACAGGACACUUUCUUUGAAAUCAGCUAUGAACUUCCUUAACACAGAACACGGCAUGUCACAGCACAACGUAAGGCAAUAAAAAGAACUUUGGCUGACAGUUUUAAACACACUGAGUUAACUCACUCACUGCUGACUACAAUUCUCACAGGAAAAAUACCUUUCAUAUUGCGAUGACAAAUACAAUAAUUCUCAUACCAGAUCAGUUAACCAUUCCUUCUCAUCCAAUAACCAAUAAGAAUAAUUUUAACCAUAUUUAACGUUUGCAGAAUUUUAACUUUCCUAAUUAAAGAUUAUUAUCCCUAAUUUCUGAUAAGUAAUAUCUCUGGUAGAGUUGAGCGAACCCGAACUGUAAAGUUUGGGUUCGUACCGAACAUUAGGUUUUUUGGACCGUGAACCCGAACAUGGACAUAUCACUGUAUGUUUGGGUUGGAGUUCGGGGUUCGGCGAUUUAAUGGCGCGUUUUCAAAGGCUGCAGGGCAGCCAAUCAACAAGCGUUUGACUCUUGUGCCCUUAGAAGCCAUCACAGCCAUGCCUACUAAUGGCAUGGCUGUGAUUGGCCAGUGCAGCAUGUGACCCAGCCUCUAUAUCUAAGCUGGAGUAGUGUAGCGCCGAACGCACAUGCGGUCUUAUUAGUGUAGGGAGAGGAUGCUGCAGCUGACAGGAACAGAUUAGGAAAGAAUUCUGCAAACUAGUACAUUAGUGGGGUGCGCUUCAUAUCUGAGAGUCAAAUAGAAUCUUCAAAUACCGCAGUUACAUCAGAGUUUUAAAAAGUAAUUUUUUUUUGGUGCUAAAUAGUACAUUAGUGGGGUAGUACAUUAGUGGGGUGCACUUCAUAUCUGAGAGUCAAAUAGAAUCGUCAAAUACUGCUGUCACAUUGCAGUUUUAAAACUUAAAGGACCACUAUAGUGCCAGGAAAACAUACUCAUUUUCCUGGCACUAUAGUGCCCUGAGGGUGCCCCCUAUCCUUGAAUAUUCAAAAUUAUUAACAUAGGUACUAUUUAUGUAUGAUUAAAUAUAAUACUAGUAAGUUUAUAUGGAUAUAUAUGUAUUUAUAUUUACAUGUGUGUCUGGGCUGUUGCUUUUUCUUUUCAACCCCCCUUCUUGUAGAGAAUCUUAAUUUUGGCUUUAUGUAUUCUGUUACAAAAUGGAGUCACCUCCGUCUUAAUGGUGACUUAUAGUAUACGUUUUUAAUUUCUAUCUUAACACAAAAUGUCUGCCAGUUGAGAUACCCUGACAAAUUUUUUAAAAUUGAUAAAAAUUAAAUGUGCGUUACUGCUCUCCUUAUUACCUGAUAAAGGUAUUUCUCUCCGGGGCAAUUAGAUAUUGUUUUAGGGAACAAUGAGCUUGAUUUAAUAAACUUUCCAAAUGAUUAACUCCUUCGUGACCUUGGACGUAUCAGGUACGUCUGACAAAAAAUUAUCCUUAAGGACGGUGGACGUACCUAAUACAUCCACGGGGAAUAAGAGCGCUGCAAGCGAUCCUGAUCGCUUCCAGCAGCUCUAAUGGUAUUGAGCUUAUAGAUUUAUGUGACUGGGCCAGAUCGUGGGCCCGAAUAAAUAAAAGGAAACAUACCAGAUACUAUUGAUUAGCAGUGAAAAUAUGACAGAGGCAGAUGAUGGGUUUGUAGUGCUUGUAAAGCAACUGUCUGUUUGACCAAGGCACCUAAGGAAAGCGUAAUGUUAAUGCCCACUAACAUAAAACUUGCAAUAGUAAAACUUUAAACCAAAUUACCAACCUAAUAAGGCCAAAUAUUUGACAAAGUUGUCACAAUUCAAGUUGUCACAAAAUCAUAAGCUUAAUUUCCUGAAACGAAACCUGUGGGAACAACAUUAUGACAAAUGUCAGCUAAAAGAUAAUUAAUAAAACAGCCUAAUCCAUUAUAUAUGAAAUAACCACAAUUAAUAUCCAUUUACUGUAACUGUAAUAUCCUUUUUUAACCAAUAGGGGCAUCUGACUUUUAUAACCAGGCCAAUUGGCUGACUUUGUGAACAAACCUCAUAACUAGCAAUAAACUGCCGAACGGGGAGGAAUCCCCUCUAUAGAAUAAAUGUUUAAAACCUAAUCGUACGCAUGUUUGCCAAUUGAUACGAAUUCGUAUGAAAAUGGUGCCUUAAUGAAACAUACGAACACACUGUGUUCUGAACAAAAAGAAUGGCUGCGUCCGUGCGUUUGAAAUACGAAAACAAAUCUAAAUCAAUGCUGAUUCUAAAACAAACGAAACCGUGCCGAACACGCCUGCAAACAAAUGUAAUGCCAAUCAAAAGAAUGUACGAAAAAAUGUGGAUGAACCCCUACCGCAAUGACCUGUAACGGUUGCGACCGUUGCAUUACGGUAAGGGUGUUGACUUACGGUUAGAACCACUAGCCGUGCCAAGAACAGACUGCGAGGAAGCCAGAAGGCCAUGGGUUUACAACUGUUUGGUAAGCGGUCAGGUAAGCUUAGAACAGGAACCAGAAACCAGGACCUCGAGGGAAAGCAGGUAAGAAAAACAAGAUGGCGAUUUGACCGGAAGUAAUCCUCUCAAACUCGCCAGACCAACAACGGUAAGGUGGGAGAGGACUGGCAGCGCCUUUAAAAGGGAUUCAAGCCCCUCCCACAACUACAGGUCAAGGCCUUAAGUAUAUAUAUACACACACACACACAUAUACACAUGUAUUAUAUGUAUAUGUGUGUGUAUAUAUAUAUAUAUAUAUAUAUAUAUUCACACAGAUGGAUUAUAUGUGUGUGCAUAUGUAUUGUGUGUGUGUGUGGGGGGGGGGUGUGCAUAUAUAUGUUUGUCUGUGUGUGUGUGUAUAUAUAUAUAUAUAUAUAUAUAUAUUCAUACAGAUGGAUUAUAUGUGUGUGCAUAUGUAUUGUGUGUGGGGGGGGGGGUGUGUGUGCAUAUAUAUGUUUGUCUGUGUGUGUGUAUAUAUAUAUACACACACAGAAAAAUAGAUUUGCACUUCAACUUACUGGUGUCGUUGCCCGGUGCUUGUCAGCAAAAAAUGUACAGAUAGCGUAAAGAAAGCACUUUACAUAUUGGGAGUCCUGAGAGUGCUACCUUUACGCUAUCUGUAUGUGUGUGUAUAUAUAUAUAUAUAUUUACACACACACACACACAUAAUAUAUAUAAUAUAAAUUGGAAAAAAAAAACACUUAUAAAAACGCUAAAUUUGGCCAGCGUUUGUGACUAAGUGGCAACUACAAAAGACUGCAAAUACCCCAUUUGGAAUACCCUGGGUUAUCUACAUUUGAAAAUGGUAUGCCAUGAUGGGGUUACUUCACAUUCCUGGGCUACCAUAUGGUCUCAAAAGGCAACACAGACCCAGCAAACCAAUCUGGCAAACUGAACUGGGCAAGCCCUAUGUUGACCCUAUAACUUUCCAAAACACAAUAAAACCUGUACAUGGGGGAUAUCGUUAUACUCGGGAGACUUCGCUGAACACAAAUAUGAGUGUUAUAAAUCAGUAAAACAUAUUCCGACUAUGAAAUCACCAGUAAAAGUGCAGUUUUUGUGUAAAAAAACAAAUCUAAAUGCUAACUUUUGCCAGCGUUUGUGGUUAAGUGGCUACUACAAAAGACUGGACAUACCCCAUUUUGAAUACCAUGGGUUGUCUACUUUUACAAAUGGUAUGCCACGAUGGGGUUAAUUUUCAUUCCUGGGCUGCUAUACUGUCUCAAAGGCAGCAUAGGCCCAGCAAACAAAUCUGUACAAACAUGGAAAAGGGGAAAGCCCUACAUUUGACCCCUGUAAGUUUGCAAAAACCCAUAAAACCUGUACAUUGGGGACACUAUUGUACUCAGGAGAUGUUGCUGAACACAUAUUGGGGUGUUCUUUGUCAGUAACACAUAACAGGAACUGAGAAUCCAUGCCUAAAGUACAAUGUGGGAGAAAAAUAACACAAAGAAAUGACUACCCAAAAGUUUGACAAAGACUGGAGGUAGAAUUAGUGCAUGGAAAGGGUUAAAAUACCACCAUUUGAAAUACCCUAGGAUGUCUACUUUUCAAUAAUAUAUGGUUUGAUGAGGGUAAAUUACAUUGACCGGCUUCAAAAAUUUCCCAACUAGGACAUAGGUGGAUGAUGACCAGCUUUGAAAAUUCCAAGUUGGAAAACUGGAAUGCGCACCCUCCAACGUGACACACCUGUACAUGGGUGGUAUCACUGUACUCAGGAGAUGUUGCUGAACACAGUUUGGGGUGUUUUUUGGCAGUAACCCUUAAAAUUCUUCAUACAUGUAUUCUUAAAUUGCUGUGUUUCAAAAAAAUCACCAAUGAUUAUUAUUUAUUUUUUAUUUGGCAUAGAUUGGUGGUAAAAUGGUUGCAUGAAAAGAGUCAAAAUACCCCAAGUUUAAUACCUUAGGUUGUCUUCUUUUAAAAAAUAUACACAUGUGAAGGGUUAUUCAGGGAUUCCUGACAGAUAUCAGUGUUGCAAUGUAACUUGCAUUAAUUGAAAAAAAAUGGUUUGGAAAUAGCAAAGUGCUACUUGUACUUAUAGCCCUAUAACUUUCCCAAAAAACAUUGGGCAUUUCUAAACUCAGGACAAAAUUUAGAAACUAUUUAGCACCGUUGGUUUUUGGCGGUUGUAGAUGCAAACAGAUUUUGUGGGUCAAAGUUACAAAAAGUGUGUUUUUUUUUUUACAUAUUUUCAUCAUAUUUUAUAGUAAAUUAUAUGAUAUAAUGAAAAUAAUGGUAUCUUUAGAAAGACCAUUUAAUGGCGAGAGAAACAGUAUAUAUUAUGUGUGGGUGCAGUAAAUGAGUAAGAGGAAAAUUACAGCUAAACACAAACACCGCAGAAAUGUAAAAAGAGCACUUGUCCUUAACGGUAAGAAAAUUGAAAACCAGUCUGGUCUGGUCACGAAGGGGUUAAAUACUGUUAGUAAAGUUUCCAAGUGAUUUAUCUAGAGACGUCACCAUUAAAGUCUAUGGGAACAAAUCAAGGUCAGUGUUCAUCUACCUGUGAUACAAAAUUACUUUUCACAAAGUUGUAAUUCUGUUUCACCCUUAGGAGAAGAUCAAUUCUUCCUAUUCACCUUCCAACAUUCAUAUCAUUGGGCACAGUCUCGGAGCCCAUGCAGCGGGUGAGGCUGGCAAACGAUACCCUGGCAUUUGGAAAAUUACAGGUAAUACUCUAUACUUGUUGAAAUGAGAUAAGAAAGAAGAAUUAAUAAGAUUUCCAAAUAAUUCAAUACUGUUAGAAAACUUUCCAAUUAUAUAUAUAUCUACAAGUAUUGAAUCAUUUGGAAAGUUUAUUACAUCGAGGACUAUGUAUCUACACCUAUGAUACAAACUUACUUUUCACAUACUAAAGUUUAUAGUAAUUAUAGUCAUUUUUUUAAAGUUUUCUAACAGUAUAGAAUCAUUUGAAAAGCUUAUUUAAGUAAGGUCUAUGUUACUGGCAGAUUAAAAUAAAUUAUGUAAAUAAUUGUCUUUGAAUAUUUAAAAAGUAUCAUAGGAUGGAAACUGUGCUAAUUGACUGAAAUCCCCCUUUGUCAGGUCUAGAUCCAGCUCAUCCCUACUUUGAAGACACCCCAGAUGAGGUUAGGCUUGAUAGGACUGAUGCUGUUUUUGUAGAAGUGAUACAUACUGACACAGCCUCACCGUUGGGUAAUAUCAACAUAUUCUACAUAAAUUAAUCUCAUAUCAUGUCCUACUGAUCUCAACUUCUAAAUGCUCCUAAAAUUCUGCAUGAUGUUCUUUAGGAGUGGGCAUCAGAAAGCCAAUUGGCCACCAUGACAUUUAUCCUAAUGGAGGCAAACACAUGCCAGGGUGUCCAAGCAAGAUUUCAGCCAUCGGCAAUUUCAAUGGUAACAUAUUAUUAAUUUCAGAAUUUAUUUAUAUUCAUGUUACAGUUAAUAUACGCUGCGCUAAUAAACUCUAUGUUUGUUAUACAAAAAUGGAAAUUAUUCUCCUAUAGAUUUAAUUUGUGUGAAAAUGAGGGCAAAUUUAAAGUGAAAUAAUUUUGUUGUUUUGUUUGUAACGGCAGCAAUAGUUGACAUACUGGCAUGUAACCACUUCAGAGCUUUCUACUAUUACACAGCGAGUAUCAGACAACCCGAUGGCUUUCUGGCCUAUCCUUGUGACACCUAUGAUUCAUUCAAAGCAGUGAGUGGUUCUCUUAACGUUUUACAUUUGGUUUUAAAUUUACUAUAAAGUGUUUUUUUUAAGUUAAUAAACUCUACAGACUUAUUGCUACCUCUCUUCUAUUGCUACGGACUAUGCUAAGCCAGUAAUAAUAAGGUAAUAGUUUGAAUGUUGACCUAUUACUAGACUUGUCCACAAUGAAAACAUUUGAUUUAUUUAAAUUGACUACUUAUCCAUGAAAAGCUUUGUGUUUCAGGGGUUAGAGGUUCGUCUAUGAAGUAUGUUGGUUUGGACAAUUUUCAUUCAUAAAAGCAAGAGGAUAUUCAGCACUUGUCCAGUACUGGUACAGUCCAAAGACAAACUAGAAAUCCGGGGUCUCUCUUGUCCCGUAAAGAAGCAGAUAAAAUAAACAGAGAGGUGCAGCGCUCCAAGGACAUUCCAGGUGCUGCACCUCACUCUUUGGUUUUAUCUGCUUCUAUUCAUUUUCAUUCAUGCUUUCAUUCUGGGAAAAACUUUCCAGACAGACCAAAAUGACACAAAAAUGCAAAUGCAAAAUAAAUAUUAUGUAUACAAUUUGCAGAACACUCAUAGGCAGAGAUUCCCAACAUUUGGAUCAACUGCAAAAAUUUAACCAAUAGAGAAAAGCAAGAGGAAACGUAUAAAAAAGUUCUAUUUAUAUAUUUAUGUAUUUAUGUAUUGUAUAUUUAUUAAACAUAUAUAUUUUGUAACUGGUCCUUAUUUUUUACCUCCUCUGCUCCCUUCUCACGUGAUCUGUGAACAGAAUCGACAUUUAGUGACUCUCCCCUAACAGCCAAUCAUUUCAUUUUUGGUGCCACAGUUGGAACUCUGAAUCAAAAAACAAACAAACAGCUUGUUCAUUCCUAGUUUCUUUCAUGAGUCGGUCAUAUCGAGAUUUCGAGUUACAGAAUUCGGACAUCCUCAAUCACCCAAAAUUCUGACGAAUUGUGAUUCUUUAGAAACCAAAUGUCUACGUGUUACUAUUCCUGGUUACAAAUAAUCAAUCACCGUUCACAAACGGAAUCCUUAGUUUCUUAGCUCUAACUAUAAAUCACUCCCUGGGAGGAUCACAAGUCCCAAUCUAUUCAUUGAGGUUUUUACAGCAGUUGAGUAACGUCUGGUAGGAAUUUCAUCUAGAUGUAUACACAACGUAUUGUACACAUACACCGCUUUCCCUGAUGUGUAGAUAUUUAGAAUCCCAUCACGUCUUCCACGGUUUAACAACACAGAAACGAACCAGUCUGAAUCUUUGAGAUCUGCGUUACGUAAUUAUGUCAGAAAACUUUAAAAAACAAAUAGAUUAAAAUUAUGCUUUAGGAACAUUGCUUCUUCAAUGUAAAAACUACCGAGUCCCAUAUACAUAAAGUGUGCUAGUUAUUACAAAUAUAUUUAAUAACAGCAUGUAACCUAUUGUUCGUUUGUCUUCCUAUCAGGGUUCUUGUUUCCCAUGCCCACAAUCUGGAUGCCCUUUAAUGGGGUAUUUUUCGAAAUCAUCACAUGGCAUCUCAAGCAGCCAAAGGUUUUAUUUAAACACUGGAUCAGAUCUGUCCAAUCUUCCAAGUAAGUUAUGAUAACAUAUAGAUGGAUGUGCAGUCUGUUCCCAAACCUUCUAUAACACAGCUUUAUCUCAGCUACAACCUAUGGAAAGGGAACAUUAGUGUGCUCACAUGACAGAAGUGUACUUCAUGUCUGUCUACAUGAUGGCAAUUUUCAGAGGGAUGAGGAGGAAUUCACAUACUAAUGGUGAUAUGAAAUAGUAUAAGCAUUUUCGGUUCACUAUUUUCUAAAAUGUUGAAUAAUAUGGAAACAUAUUUGGAAAUACUGUAUUUUGUGCAAAUGUUGGCCACAUUCUGAUCCCAUCUAUACUUCCAAAACUACAGAUAGCUUUUCUCCUGGCAGCAGAUGCAGAGGAUCAGUGUAAAAUAACAAUACAUAGAUACAAUCAGGCUACAGUCAUAGCUCCAGGUACCCAAGGGCAUUAUUAACAUUAACCCCAAUUAUAGUCUACAGAAUUAUUAAUAUUUUGUAUCAUGUGUUAUACUCUCUGCUCUGUUACAAUUGUUCUGUAUUGUGUAGGUUGGAGAUAUAAACUUUCUGUUACCUUGCGUGGAACAAAUGGCAUCCAAGGGAAAAUCCACAUUGCCAUCUUUGCCACAGAGGGCACUGUAGAGGAAUAUGAAGCUUUGAUGUAAGUUACACUUUUACAAUCACAUAAUUCACGGCUUUUCACAAACAAUCACCUAUAAAGAUAUCUACGUAUGCAUUCAUCAUGGUGACCAUAGGAAGCAAUAUGAAUGUAGCCUCAUCCACCAGUGGAAUACACAUAAUCCUCUCUGGAGGUAUUAAGUCCUCAGAGGUACAAUGGGGUAACUAAAUGGAAACCAGGGGUGGGCUGGCAAGAGCUGCAGUGUGGUUAAUCCCCCCCAGGGGACUUGUGGGCUGUAGUCUCAUACCAUUCUUCUGUGCAUUAAAAUAACAUAAUACUGAUUGAGAUAUCUGUUAGCAGAGGUUCAAUGUUGUCCAGGCCUAGACUGGCCGACUAAGAUAAUUAAUGGUGGACCACAGUAAUAUACACCAGUUGUUCUAGGUGGCAAUGGAGUAACGGGAUCCAAUUUAUAUCUCUUAGACAUCUUUCCUGGAAAUAAGACCGGGUCGUAUAUAUAAAUUCUUCCCCCUGAAAAACUCACUAGGGCUUAUUUUUGAGGGAUGACUAAUUUCAGGGAAAGCAAGCAUGUGCUGGAUACUUCCCGAACACAGAUUAGCAUACUUUCGAAUGGAAUCCCAAGAAUCUAUGUUCGGGGAAAAUUCCCCGAACAUAAAUUAGUGAACUAGUGACUAGGACUUAUUUUCAGGGUAGGGCCUAUAUUAUGAGCAUCCUUGAAAAAUAAGCUAGAGCUUAUUUUCAGGGGAUGUCUUACAAGCACAGUAGAUAUGUACACGGUAUAGGAAAUUGGUAUAUUCAGAUUGAUUAAUCUGGAAACCAAAUGGGGCAAAAAUGCAUUUCUCAGCGUACUACAAAAUAUAUACACAAUAUAAAUAAUAUAAGUGCACUGAUAACAUUUUCCUCCAUUUGAUUCACAGUUCAUUCCUUGAUCAAUUUGUUUUGUAAUUCAGAUGAUUUGCUGAUCGCCCAAAAUUUAGACGGAUUGUGAUUUCUUUUAAACGGAAAGCACAAUUCUACUGAAUUACUUAGUCACAACUUGCACCUCCAGUCGUUUCAAUCUAUCAAACCUACACAUUGCAUGAUCUGCACAAUCACAUCCACAUUGAGAUCUUUGAGCUUUGCGUGCAGAAAAGAUCAUUAUUUCUCAUAUUCAUUCACAUUCACAUUCAUUUAUUGGUUUCCCUGAAAUAGUCAGUGGCCAGUCAGAGCAGCUAUCAGCUGGAAUCCAAGAAUCAUUAGCAAAAUCUGUCCCCAUGCAGGUCUCACUGUUUUAGUCCACUAGACCACCAGUAGAAUAUGCUGAGUUCCUGAAUUGUUAUUAUGGAACUGUUACUAGAGAUGUGGAAAUACUAAUCAUGAAACUUUGUUUUUUUGUUUGUAAAUGUCUGCCAGUUCUUAGCACUAAUAAUAACAGCCAUUAUCGGUAAAUAACACAAGGUGGAUCAUCUACAGGUAAACACCGGGUCAGCGUUACUCUGCAUUGACCAAAACAAUGGAUACAAUGAAUUGUCUGUUCAUCGUUGCGUUACUAUUUCUAUUUUAUUGAUAUUAUUUUCUUAUUUCCAGCGAUUACUUUUUACCAGGCAACAUGUACUCCAGCUUCUUCGAUGUUGGAUUUGAAUUAAAAAACAUUACUCACAUUACCUUCAGUUGGUCUCCUUUUAUAUUCAACCUAUUUCAGCAUCAACUGGGAGCAGAAAGAAUCAAUGUUCAGUCUGGAAAAGAUGGAAGAACGUAAGUGAUUCUGAGAUGUUAGCAGCCAACACAGCUUGAAAAAAGCAUGGAUAUUUAAUAUAAAGCACAGCUUCGUAUUGUGUGUUGUCUGGCUUUACAGAAUGGGGCUGGUUUAAUGUAACACACACUCUCCAGCUGCCUGUUGAUCCAUCGUUUAGCAGAGUUUUAUAGGUAGUUGUCUCCUUGGUGCACCUCCAUGCCAAUGCACCCAAUUCCCACAAAUCCAGGAAAGUAGAAUGUAAACUCCCCUCAGCCUCCGUAGCUGUGGGAAACCAGUAUAGACCUGGGCUCAAUUUGAAAUAAUAUAAACAGAAAAACAGCAGAAAGUUGAAAACACCAAGGAAGACCUUAUACAAUUUGUUUAAAAAGUAACUAUUAACUAACUUAAACAAAUUACUCUCUCAAACACAAUAAACGUAGACGAAAAUAUGCAAAGUAAAAAUGUAACAAUGUCAAAUACCCUGUUGUGCAAAUAAACACAGAGCCAAAAAAACACUUCUUUAGCAAACAGAAAACCAAACAGCAAAAAGUUAGAUUAAUCGAACAAUAGCUGAUUUGGAGAAUAUUUCCAUCCCAACCAAUUUGCCAAACUUUAAGAAUUAGUUUUUUAAUUUACCAGCAUAAGAUACUAAGCUUUCUGUCUGGUAAUGACAUCAUACAAAUAGUACAUAAAGUGCUCAUGCAAUAUUUUAAUUUGGAAUAACAGAGAGAGCACCGUGGAACGAUCUGCAUGAAUGUGGGGUAAUAAUAUAGUGAGUUAAUGAUCAUUGCUCUUCCUACAAUGUGUAUUGCUAAUGAUAAUCGAUAAUUCAUUUAACCCUUUUCCUCCAUGUUGCAGUUCUUCAUUCUACACGGAAGGCACAGUGAAGGAACACGUUAUACAGACGCUACAUCCAUGCUGACCCAAUGUAACGCUCUGCAUGCUCCGCCCAUUCAAUAAACAAUCGAUUCAAUGAUGAAUGCUGAUAUCACAGACAUUUCCAUGUGAUCCUGACUAUGAUGCAAAUUCCAUUAUGUGCAGUAUGAUUUUUGAAAGCAUCCCAUAUUUAACUCAAUAAACAUUUCUUUUAUAGCUA